GAACCCACGGCAAAAAUGGCGGCGGCCAGGUGUUGGGGGCUCCUGCCUCGCAUUCGGGGGCUCUCACUGCACACCGCGGCCAAGGUGGACGUCGUGGCUCCAGAGACGUCUGGCCCAGAUGUCGCGUCGGCUCCCGUUGCGCGCUACCCGCCGAUUGUGGCCUCCCUGACUGCCAAAAGCAAGGCGGCGCGGCAGCGGCGGAUAGAGCGAUGGCAGGCGGCGGUGCACGCGGCCGAGUCGGUGGAUCAGAAAUUGCGAAUCCUGACGAAGAUGCAGUUCAUGAAGUACGUGGUUUACCCGCAGACCUUCGCCCGGAACGCCGACCGCUGGUACCAGGGUUUCACCAAGACCGUGUUCCUGUCGGGCCUGCCGUCGCCUCUGGUGGAGCCCGCGCCUGCGUUGGAACUGGCCUCCCUGCGCGCGGCCGCCUGUGACUGUCUCCUGCAGGAGCACUUCUACCUGCGGCGCAAGCGGCGCGCGCCCCUCUACCAGGACCGCGAGGCUAUCGCUUCGCCCUUUCUGGACCAGCUGGUGGCCGCCCUGGUGGGCCUGCUCAGCCCGCACAACCCAGCCUUGGCAGCCGCGGCCAUCGAUUGUAAGCGCCCAGUUCACUUUUACUGGAUGCGUGGUGAAGAAAUUAUUCCAAGUGGUCAUCGGAAAGGUCGAGUUGAUGCUUUGCGAUACCAGAUAGAUGAUAAACCACACAACCAGAUUCGAAUAUCCAAGCAGCUUACGGAGUUUGUACCACUGGAUUAUUCUGUUCCUAUAGAAAUCCCUGUUAUGAAUUGUAAGCCAGACAAACUUCCGUUAUUCAAACGGCAAUACGAGAACACCAUAUUUAUUGGCUCAAAAACAGCAGAUCCAUACUGUUAUGGUCACACCCAGUUUCAUUUGUUACCUGACAAGUUAAAAAGGGAAAGGCUUUUGAAACAGAACUGUGCCGAUCAGAUAGAAGUUGUUUUUCGAGCUAAUGCUAUUGCAAGCCUUUUCGCUUGGACUGGAGCACAAGCUAUGUAUCAAGGAUUCUGGAGUGAAGCAGAUGUUACCCGGCCUUUUGUCUCCCAGGGCGUGAUCACAGAUGGAAAAUACUUUUCCUUUUUCUGUUACCAGUUAAAUACUUUGGCAUUGACUGCACAAGCUGAUCAGAAUAACCCUCGUAAAAAUAUAUGUUGGGGGACACACAGUAAGCCUCUUUAUGAAACAAUCGAAGAUAAUGAGGUAAAAGGUUUUAAUGAUGAUGUUCUACUUCAGUUAGUUCAUUUUCUACUGAGUAGACCAAAAGAGAACAACAAAUCACAACUGUUGGAAAGCUAACAGAACAUUUUGUUCAGGACUUUGGGGUUACUUAAAUUUCACUAAAGUAACAAUAAAAGGAAUUUUAAUAAUGAGACUUGUAAUGGUUAGAUAUUAACUGCAUUAAUUUUUUUCCUUUUUUUAUUGUGGUAGAUUUUACAUAUGUAACAAAGCAUUUGACAUCUCAACAUUCUUUACAUGUACAAUUUAGUGACAUUAAUUGUAUUCAUCAUGUUGUACAACCAUCACCAUUAUCCUCUUCCAUUUUUUUCCAUCACUUUUAACAUAAGCAUUGAUUCCCUUUUUCCUUUAUUUUUCCCAGCUGCCUCUGGUAAACGCUAAUAACCUUAGGUCUGUAUACAUUUGCCUGUUCUAGAUAUUUCAUGUAAGUGCAACAACUAUUUUAUACAUUAAUAUAUGAUUGAACUUCUCAUUCUGCUCAAAAUAUGUCACUAAAAGAUUUAUUUUUACACAUAGUAUGUUGUUUAAAAAUAACUUUAUUUAUGCGUGGCCAGUUGAUGAGACUAAUUGAGGUAUUUUCAAUACCUUGGCAUUAAUAGAGUUGGAUUUUAAAAGUAAUGUAAGGACAAUACUUUAGAUGUUGAUCUUUUGUUGUUAAUAACGCAGUAUAGAGUUUCAGAGUCCUACCCAAACCCCUUCAAAACAUGAACGAUACUUUGCCCAUAAAGCAGACUGAGGCCCAGGGGCAUUAAGUGACACGUUGAAGAUCCCACAGAUGAUUAAUAGUAAAAGCAAAAAAACUCGUUGUUGUCAAGUCAAUUCCGAUUCAUAGCAGCCCUUUUGGACAGAGUAGAACUGCCCCAUAUGGUUUCCAAGGCUAUAAUCUUUACGGAAGCAGACUGCCACAUCUUUCUGCCACUGAGCGGCCGGUGGGUUCGAACCACCGACCUUUUGAUUAGCAGCUGAGCACUUAACGACUGUGUCACCCCAGGGCUCCUUGAUUAAUAAUAGAACUGGUAAAUUAUAUUCAGCUUAGCUUCUUAGCACCUUUUAGAAGUAAUGUUAACAUAUUUCAAUCAGUGUCAUUUGCUGUACCCCAAAGAUUAGAAAACUAGCUUUAAUAUAUUUGAAAAUCAGUUGUCAGUAAAAUUGUUAAUCUUGUUGAGAAUUAAGGUUCAUUCAAAUAAUUUUUAGUGGGGACAAAGAAUUGCUUUUCUAAGAUCAUCCUUGCACAUUUUAUAUAACCUAUUGUGAAUAUAUAAAAUAUCCUAUUUACUUUAGUCAUAUGACUAAUUGCUCUAUUUACUUUUCUUUUUCCUUAAUAAGGAAGGCAAAGGCCAUAGUUAUAUUGAUAGAUGCUUCAGGCUAGAAGCCUAGGGAUUAUUUAUGACACAUGAUUGCUAAACUGAAGGACUAUCAAUUAAAAGAAGUAAUGCAUACUUUACAAGGCAUUAUGUAAGUGUUUCAUCUCUAGCUCUCUCAAUUUACCCAGAAUGCCAUGUAAUUUACCUAGAAUGCCAUGUAAUUUUACGCCACCAUUCUUUUAUUUAAACAGUGUCCUAAACUUGGAAUUCUGUUCUUUUUUUUUUAACUGUUAGUCCUGUCCCAACCUGGGUACUGCUAUUCCAUUCAUCCUUUAUGGGAAAAUGCAGAUGUAUAGAGAGCACCUGUACUAAACUCCAAGUAAAAUGAGAUCUCUUAAUCUUAUCUCUUGCUUUCUAACUCAGUGAAUUUGAGUUGUCCUCAAUUUCCUGCUUCUGUAAAACAAUAAUCUCAACAAAUUGUAAGGUUAAAUGAGCACGUGAAAGUGCUCUUAAAAUACUAAUUAAAAUAAUGUUGGGAUUCAGUUGAAAUGUCAUUUCUUUCCUAAGCUUUCCCUGAUUAUAUUUAUUUCCUAUUUAAUUGUCAAACGGUCAGCAGUUUGAAUCCACCAGCUCCUUGGAUACCCUACUGGGCAGUUCUACUCUGUCCUAUAGUUUUGCUACGAGUCGGAAUCGACUUGACGGUAAUGGGUUUGUUUUUUUUUAAAAAAUUCUUAUUUUAUCGUAUUACUUGUUUCAUUCCCUUGUAACAGUUUUUCUUAUUUUCAAAUGUUGAGGAAAACACACCUCACACAUAUAUCCAUAUAUAUUGGGAUGUCAUAUAGCACUUAUAUGCUAGGACCUGAUAUAAGUAUUUUACACAUAUUAGCUAAUUUAAUCUUCAUGACCGUUCCAUAAAUUAGGUACUGUUAUUUCCAUUUUGCAGAUGAGGAAAUGGCACAGACAGCCCAAUAACAUGUUGAAGGUCAAACAGGUUAGAAAGUAGCAGGGUUGGAAUUUUAACCCAGGUCUGACUCCAGAGUCAACUUUUACUUUUCCAAUAAUGCAGUAUAUAGAUUGUGGUCAGUGCUACAGUACAACACUGGUACGAGUUUAGAUAAAAGGUAGGUUAAUUCUGACCAACCAAUAUAAAACCUGUAUCUUAGGGCAAGUGGCAUUUGAACUGGUUCUUUUUUUAAUUUCUUUUUUAAUAAUAUUUUAUUGUGUUUUUCGUGAAAGUCUACCCAGCAAGUUAGGUUCCCAUUGGACAAUUUCUAUACAGAUUGAUCAGUGACAUUAGUUACA